UCUUUCGUGUUCCAUUCGUCUUCUUCCACGGCAAGCGAAGCACAGUAAAAGAGCUUUCUUUCAACUCAAAACGUAUCUAAUCACACAAAACGUUACCGUUUUUGUUCAAAGAUGAUGCUCAGAAUCCGCAGCCGAGAUGGCCUGGAACGGAUCCAAGUCGACGGACCUCAAAUUACAAUUUCUCAAUUAAAAACCCUAAUUGAGUCCCAACUCCAAAUCCCCAUCCAAAACCAAACCCUUUCCACCGAUCAAAAUCUACUUUUAGCUAAGACCCUCGCCGACCUCCUCCGCUUUUCCGACAUGACCGACCCUUCCAUCCCACUCUCCGCCCUUAACCUCUCUCACGGUUCCAUUAUAUUCCUCUACUACCACGGCGAACGCACCGUCCGCGGUGGCCCCACCGUUUCACCCGCCGGAUCGUUCGGCCGUAAGAUGACCAUGGACGACCUCAUCGCUAAACAAACACGGAUCACCCGCCAGGAAUCCCCUCACUGUGACUCUGUUUCCUUUGACCGCGAUUCGGCCAACGCUUUCCAACGUUUCGUUAACGAAACGCUGGCGUUUGCUUCGAAACGCGGCGGGUUCAUGUACGGCACCGUCACGGAUGAAGGUAGAGUGGAAGUUGAUUUUAUUUACGAGCCGCCUCAGCAAGGCUUGGAAGAUGAUUUGGUCCUUUUGAGGGAUCCUGAAGAAGAGAAAUUGGUUGACGCCAUUGCAGCAGGGUUAGGGAGGAAAAGGGUAGGGUUUAUUUUUACUCAGACGAUAAUGCAAGAAAAAAAAGACUAUAAUUUUUCGAACAAGGAGAUUAUACAGGCGGCUGAGCUUCACGCUGAGAGUGAGCUUAAGGAGUGGGUGACUGUCGUGGUGAAGCUGGAAGCCAAUGAAGAUGGGGCUGCGGAUGUUCAUUUUGAGGCUUUUCAAAUGAGUGAUAUGUGUGUUAAGCUAUUGAAGGACGGGUGGUUUGUUACAGAGUUUGGAGAGAAUGAUGAUCCAAAGCUUUCGAAAAUGAAAAAAGAUGUCGUCGUCGGUGGGAAAGAUGUUAAGGAGGUUGAUAAUGAUUUCUUCUUAGUGGUUGUUAAGAUUUUCGACCAUCAGGGACCUCUUUCUACAAGCUUUCCAAUCGAGAAUCGGAAAGACCUUGUGACGCUGAGGGCACUGAAGAGUCAUCUAGAUAGAACAAAGAAUCUUCCUUUUGUGAAGAGAAUAUCGGAUUUUCAUUUGCUGUUGUUUCUGGCCAAGUCUCAAGGCCUUGGUUCCGACGUUCCUGCACUCGCAGAGUGUGUUAACACACAGACAGCGGUGCCAGAAGGUUAUCAACUCCUAAUUGAGUCCAUGGCCACUGCAGCUUGAUGUUAUUUACAUGUAUAUUUUUUUAUUUUACAGUUACAUUUACCUCAUAAUUUACCAUGCUCAUUAGCAAUCUGAGUUGAUUUCCAAUUUCUCCACAGGUAUAAAAGGCCACAGGGUCUCCUGAUAGUUUUAUAAGUAACAAAGAAUUUUACUGUUUCCCAGCA